AGAUAUGUUUGAGCGAGUACUUGAAGAUUUGCAAAUCCUUAAAAGUGACGUUAAAAACCUACUUAAACUGGCAAAUUUGGAAAAAAUAACGAAUAUAGAAAAUAUAGGAGAGCAGUUAUCUUUUUCUACUUAUGACGAACUCAUUAAUUUUAAUGAAAAAUUAGUUGAUGUGAAAUACUUCUCUAAAACACAAUACACAUUAUCAUUAUUGGGUGGCAGAGACCUAAAUGAUACAACCAAAAGGAUUUUAUCCAUAAUAAUAAACCACCAGUUGGCCCUUAAAAUUAAUUGGAUUGGGGCUAAUGAAAAAGGAAGUAUUCGGAAAUUAGUAAAUUUAUUAAAACUUAUAUAUGGAGCAAUACGUAAAAAUGCCGUUUGCUGCAACGCCACCAAUACUGAGAUAAAUAUGGCAAUUAAAACUUGGGUUAAAAAUGCUCCUGACAGAGCAGGUGGGCGUUCUGGUAGAAGAAAAUUAAAUUUAAAAGGCUAUUGCGCAUAAUAAAAUAAUGAUUGUAAAUUACUUAUUUUUUAUUUCUUUAUGAUUCUCUUAUUUGUUUAUUAUAUUUGUUUUAUAAGAACUUGAGAACCUAGUAGG